CCGUGUGCAAUUAAUCGGUUUUCGGUUUACUUUUCAUGGUCGCGUCGUUCUUUCGAUCGAAAGUUCGAAACACUAGUUGUAAAACCCUAAAUUUCGAACCAGUUGCAGCAGAAUUUAUGGGAGACGAACAGAAGCAAAUAUAUCAUGAAAAACAGAAGUUACAAUUUUGCCUCUUACACUCUCUCAACAAUCUCUUCCAGGAGAAGGAUGCGUUUACAAGAAAAGAUUUGGAUGAUAUAGCUGAAAAACUUGUUAAAGAAGAUCCAUAUGAAGGAAACCGGAUGCCUUUCUCAGUUAUCUUCAAGCCUCAUCAUAAUUCACUAACAGGUAAUUAUGACAUAAACGUGUUAAUUACUGCAGUUGAAAGAAAAGGGAAGAAAGUUGUUUGGCAUGAUAGGCGUAAUAGAGCUUCUUCCAUUAACCUUGAUGAACCUGAAGGUAAAUUAAUGGGGAUUGUGUUAAAUGUUCCUGUAAGAAAGUAUGGUGGUCUUUGGAGAAGUAGACAUUGGGUUUCUUUGAGAAGGAUUAAUGGGAUUUGGUAUAACUUAGAUAGUGACUUUACAUCUCCUUGUUCAUUUGGAAGCACCGAAGAAUUAAGGGAUUUCUUGGAUGCUGCCAUUGAUGGUGGUACUGAGCUACUUCUUGUUAAGGAUGAUGACUAGUAGUUAGCUACAAUAGAUUAUGGAUCAUUUUAGGCCCAUUACAACAUUUUGCUUUUUACCUUUUUGUUAUUAGAACAUUGUAAUUUAAAAGUUUUAUCCAAUUGUAGCAAUGAAAAGCUUGUUGUAUUUGGAUGAUAUUGUUAUAAUUUUGUAGAUUUGCUAAAGUAUAGUACUGUAAUAAGAUGAAAUAAAAGUAAGAAAAUUUUAGA